AGUAACAUUGGGAGCCAAAAACAUAUAAACAACUUGCAACUUGGAGAAUAAAAAACAUUGGGAAAAUAAACUCUGACCGAAGAAAACUGGAUUAGGAACAUUUUAAAAACAAUUGGACCGUUGGUAGUAACAUGGUAAAACGGUCAAAUUAGUAAAAUAUAAAGAAAAACAAAAAAUUAAAUAAUGUUACCCUCGUGAAAUUUGUUAUAAAAACCAGAGCUGCCAAUGAGGAUUAUUACUUACUUCACCAAGCCUUUUUCAGUCUCGCCACUAGCUUUCAAGCGCUGCUUAGAUCAUAUUUCCUGGUUGUUUAGUCAAGAAUCAUAUACUUCCCAGCUGUGCCAUUUGGAUUUCAUAUUAUCCCUUUCGUUUUUCUACCACCUUUCAGUUUCUAACUCCAACAUUACAUCAAUGGCUGAAGCACUCCUUUCCGUGGUCCUAGAACAGUUGGUUUCCCUCACUCGUAAACAGAUAGAAGAAGAGGUGAGGCUGGUCGUGAAUGUUGACCGAGAAGUUGAAAAUCUCAUCUUCCAUUUCAAUGCUAUUCAAGCUGUGCUCCAGGAUGCAGAGGAGAGGCAGGUGAAGGAGGCCAACGUCAGAAACUGGCUGCGGAAUCUGGAGGAUGUGUCGUACGACAUAAACGACGUCUUGGAUGAGUGGAACACUGAACUUCUCAAGCACCAAAUUGAGAAAGAAGAAGAGAAAGAAGGUAAAAAUGUUGCCCUUACAAAAAGAAAGGUAUGCUUCUUCAUUCCUUCCCCCAGCGUUUGUUUUGGUUCAAUUGGUAAGGUAAUUAUGCGUCGUGACAUUGCUGUGAGAAUAAAGGAAAUAAAUGAAAAGUUAUCUGAGAUAGCCAUUUUAAGAAAAAAUUAUAACUUUCUUGAGAACACAAUUAGAGCCACUGAGAAACUUGAACGGGUUGAAACUUCUUCUUUUGUCCAAGUGUCUAGUAUAAUUGGUCGUGAAGAGGAGAAAAAUAGAUUAAUGAGCAUGUUGUUAAGUGAGAGCAGUCAACAAGGGAAGAGCCCAUUUGUGAUCCCCAUUGUGGGGAUGGGAGGAUUAGGAAAAACUGCCUUUGCCCAGUUAGUCUAUAAUGAUGAAAAUAUAAAAACUCAUUUUAAACCUAGAAUAUGGGUUUGUGUAUCAGACCCUUUUGAAGAGAUCAAGAUUGCCAGAGCCAUUGCUGAAGCUCUAAAUAAAGAUGAUAAUCGAAUUAAUUCAACUAGUUUGCAACCUUUGUUGGAAUGUAUAAAUGAAUAUAUUAGUGGUAAAAAGUUUCUCAUUUUUCUAGAUGAUGUGUGGACUCCAACCAUUAGUAAUUGGGAACCAUUAAUGGAAGCUUUACAAAAUAGUGCUAUAGGCAGUAGAAUAUUGGUGACCACGAGAAAAGAGACGGUUGCUACUGUGAUGGGAGCACCCGCUGAUCACGUAAUCCAUUUGACCAUCUUGAGUGAUCAAGAUUGUUUGCAAUUAUUCAAUAAAAUUGCCUUCUUUAAUAGAGAAAGAGAUGAUCAGCUUGAAGAUAUUGGGAGAAAAAUUGUAAAAAAGUGCAAUGGUUUGCCUCUUGCUGCAAAGACAUUAGCUAGUCUCAUGCGAUAUAAGAAAACUAGAAAAGAAUGGGUAGAUGUUUUGGAUAAUAAGAUAUGGGAGUUAGAAGAAGUUGAACAACAGGUUUUUCGAUCCCUAUUCCUAAGUUAUUAUGAGUUGAGUCCGGCAGAUAGACGUUGUCUUUUAUAUUGUGCAACUUUUCCAUUAUAGCUAUAAGAAAAACGAUUUGAUUGAGUACUGGAUGUCACAAGAAUAUCUCAGUAUGAAAGGAGAUAGUGAAAAAGAAAUAAUAAUAGGCCAACAGUACUUUGAUAACUUAGUGAUGCGUUCUUUUUUCCAAGAUUUUGGUAAAGACAGAGUGAAUGAUGAUAUUAUAGCUUGCAAAAUGCAUGAUAUUCUGCAUGACUUUGUACAGUUUGUCACCAAAAAUGAAUGUUUUAUUAUGGAGAUGGCAGAAAGUUGCAAAGAGAAAAACAUGGUAGUGGAUAAUAAGGUUCGUCAUUUGAAUAUAAUGUCAACAUACAAUGAUUCGUUUCCUGUUUCAAUCUACAAUUGCAAAGGAUUACGGACUCUGGUAAUUUCUACUUCAAAACUUCCUCUGUUACCCUCAGACUCAUUUUCAAAAUUGAAAAGCAUUAGAACGUUAAAGUUGAAUGAAAACUCAAUCAAAGAAGUUCCCGAAAGUAUUGGCGGACUAGUACAUUUGCGGUAUCUCGAUUUAAGUCAAAAUAAGGAACUGAAAGAAUUACCCGAUUCUGUGGGUAAUUUAUUCAAUCUGGAAACAUUGCGUCUCAUUGACUGCUUUAAACUCAGAGAACUACCGGUGAGCUUAAGAAAGUUGGUUAACUUAAAGCAUCUUUAUAUUGAGGGGUGCUACACUCUGAAAGUACCAAAAGAGAUCGGAAGAUUAAGAAAUCUGCAAAUCUUAGAUUGGUUGUGUCUUCAAGACGGUGGCGAUGAUGAUGAAGGAAUUUUCAAGUUAGGGGAUUUGGGAAACUUGGAGCAGCUUCAAGGGAGCCUUUGUAUAAGAAACUUGAAUUUAGCGAAAGAUGGGAGUGAGGCUAAAAAUGCGGAAUUGGUGAACAAGAAGAACCUCCUUCAUUUGACUCUACAUUUUUUGUACGGGAUAAGUGAGCCGAAUUUAAAGCACGAAGAAAUACUGAAUGGCUUUCAAGUGCAUACAAAUCUGGAGUCGUUGACUAUCUGGGGCAACCAUACUACCACCCUGUGUCCAAGUUGGAUGAUGAGCUGUCAUAAUCUGAGAAGGCUUGAAUUUUCUUAUGUUCCAUUUUGUGGGGUUUUGGCUCCUCCCGUGCCUUGAAUAUUUACAGAUAUAUUGGAUGCGGAGUGUGAAAAAGGUGGGAGUUGAAUUUUUGGGAAUAACAGGCGAAACACCGCAAACAUUAAUAAAGUCGUUUCCGAAAUUGAAAGAACUCACACUUGGAGAAAUGGAGCAGUGGGAAGAAUGGUAAAGGAGUAGAAGAAGAGGAUUCUAAAAUUACAAUAAUGCCAUCUCUUUUAUACUUUGAAAUCUUGUACUGCGCUAAGCUGAAAGCACUGCCGAACUUCCUAUGGAAGACCCCGCUGCGGGAAUUGAGCAUCUGCGACACGAGAUGUGGAACGGAGUGGGUGAAAAAGGCGUCUCAAGUCCAAAACAUCGAAAUUAAUGGCAACUUUGUGAAAAAAGACGGAGUUGAAAUGGAGGAGGAUUGAUGGUAGGGGUCUGCCUAUCUGAUCCACCUCCUGGGCUAAAAUGGUAUAAACACAUUCCUGGAUGAGUUUUGAUCAUUCUUUGAUCCUUUGGAAUAAGGAGAAUCAACACAGCACUGACAGCAGGUCUUUAUCUAGUAUGUUUCUUUUGAGGUGUUCAGUUCGCAGGUUCCUUAUGGUACGUAAUUGACUUGGCAGCUGCCCUUGUUCUAAUUCGAGCAGGGUCUUUACUUGGGACAAUAACCUGGUGCAAAUCAUGGAUGCAUGGAUGUCAUCUCCUCAGUCCUCACAAGGAUCAGCUUUACUUUCUGUGGCUGUGGAUCUUUCUGGUCCGUCAAACUUGACACAUCUGAGCUUUAGAAGAAACGAUGCAGUUCUUCGCAUGGAAACGAUGCAGUUCUUCGCAUGGAAUUAGUAGCUUCGGUUGCUGUAAUUAACUUGAUCAAGAUGGAAUUGGACAGAGUCAGAGUGUCAUGAGAUCCAUAGAAGACUUGCUCAUCUCCAAGUGUCCAAAACGACUACCAUGUUUGUGGAGACUCUGUCAAGUGGAAAUUACUUUAGUUUCUUAAUGCACCUGCAAAACAUAUAUAUUUGAGAAUUGGGCUUAGGAUCGUUGCAUCUCAAUUAAGAAGUUAGGGACAUUUUCCAGUCCAGAGGGCACGACUUCGUGAUGUUGCAAAGCCGCUCAAGCCACGCCAAUGUAGUUUUUGUUUCUAAGUCGCAUGCUUGAUUUUGGAGCUCUUUUCAGUCUUUCCACCCCAGUUUUUCUUUGGGCCCCAUUUGGUUCAUGGGAAAGGAGGCUUGGGAAUGAGAAUUCAAUUGCUUUCCCAUGUUUGGUAAGUUCAAGCAUGGGAAACAGUUUCCUGGCACAUGGGAAAGUAUGGGGGAAAAAUGAAGCCCUCUUUUCAACUUGGGAAAGUUUGGGAAAAUGAGCCAACAUUCAAUGCAUAAUUUUCAUGACUAUUUUGUCCCUAUAAACAAAUUAGAAUUACAAUGUAUCAUUAAAUGCAUUCUUUUUUUA